GCAACAAGAGAACCGACCCAGCAGCAUGGGUACGGUGUUGUCGUUCAGUCCGCGUGACAGACGCGGUUCCGUGUAUCCGCCAGCGGGACACCAACAUCCCGCUGACUUCACGUUGAACAAUUUCAAUUACGAGCAGUUGAACAAUGCAAAGAAUCGGGAGAACAAGAGCGGCGUCGCUACGGUGGCGCCGGCGCCGCCCACGAAUCAUCCGCCUACGAACAAUAACUCGUUGCAAAACAACAACAUCAAUCUGAACAACAACGACAACGCGAGAAUCAUAUCGGAGAAGAACGCGCUCGAGAAGAACCUGAAGAAACACUCGUUGUUCAUAAACGCGCUCUCGUGGAAGCGGUUCAGCACGUCGAACAACAACAAGAAGAAGCUCGACAAUAAGAACAAGAAUAUCGGCUUCAGGCAGCCGCUCGAUAAUAUACCCAUCGUUGAUAAGAACAAGAACAUACAGACGCCUCAGACGAAACCACCGGCGUCGAACAACAAUCACACCACGCACAACCCGACGUGCGAGAAGCUCGUACAGAAGCCGUUACCCCCGAAGCCAAGGAAAACCGUGAUCCAGGCCUCGACUUCGGAAUUGCUCAAAUGCCUCGGCGUCUUCCUACACAGGAAAUGCACCCGUUUAAGAGACUUCCAGGCUGGCGACGCUGUCAUGUGGCUGAGGACUGUCGACAGAAGCCUGCUGCUUCAAGGCUGGCAGGAUGUCGCAUUCAUCAAUCCCGCCAACGUUGUGUUCAUUUAUAUGCUGGUGAGAGAGCUGGUGGACGGAGACGAGGCUUCCGAGAGGGAACUCCAGGCGACAGUGUUAACGUGCCUGUAUUUGAGCUACAGCUACAUGGGUAACGAGAUCAGCUACCCGUUGAAACCGUUCCUCAUCGAGGACAGCAAGGACAAAUUCUGGGAUAGGUGCCUGUUGAUCGUCAAUCGACUGAGCUCCGAGAUGUUGCGGAUUAACAGCGAACCUGGAUUCUUCACGGAGGUCUUCACUGAACUGAAGGCCUGCGGAACUGGCGAUCGGGGUAGUCUGCCUGGUACCGGCCUCGAGCGGAGCCUCGUCGUCUCCGGAGUCGCGGUACCCACCAAGGCGGCUUGACGGAGCUACACACACUUGCUGGUGCGCAUCGACAGGCACGGCUGCGACGUCACGACACUCUGACGACGGCCGUCGCGACGACGAGGAGCUGCCCCCGCAGCUUGACCCCUCCGCAUCGACCUCGACCUCGACGUUGCAUCGACAACCUC